GCUGCUGAGCUGGGCAUUCAGGCUACAUUAACGGCAGCAGGACGGCGCGGACUACUACUACUAUCACACCUCCAGACAUGUGGUCGCGGCAGCUUUCGACCGGUGUCAGAUAAAACAGAAGUAGAGACGGCUGGGACUGAGGAAGGACGAGGGGGGGGAUAUACCCGGACAGCCAGCAGAGCAGCACAGCAGAGCAGAGCCGCCGACAGCACGGAGUUGUCACGAUGUUGUAGCUAAACCAUGGACAGCAGAAUAAAGGAGAAUCCAGACAGAACAUUUGAUCUGGUUGUACAAGUGGCAUGUCCAACAUCUGAAAAUGAAGAUCCAACCGUGCUGUGGAGCUUCCCCCAGGACCACACAGACCAGGAGGUCCUUCAGACGAUACCAAAGUUCUGCUUUCCCUUUGACGUGGAAAGGGUGUCUCAGAGUCAGGUGGGGCAGAAUUUCACCUUUGUGCUGACCGACAUCGACAGCAAACAGAGGUUUGGUUUCUGUCGACUCACUCAAGGCUGCCGGGUCUGCAUAUGUCUGCUCAGUUAUCUACCCUGGUUUGAAAUCUACUACAAGUUGCUAAAUACCCUCGCAGACUACUUAACAAAACAACAGGAAAAUGACUUGAAUGACAUGCUGAAUUCUCUCUAUGAUCUGCCUGUGCCAAAGCCCUUCACGCCAGUCAACCUGAGUGUGAAUGAGCAGUUGUAUAUUGCCACUGGGCAAGUACUGAGAGAUCGGCGAAGCAAGGAGCUGCACUCCUACUUCAUCGCCCCGGAUAUCAAUGGACUGCCAACUAUCCCUGAGAGCAGAAACCUGACAGAGUACUUUGUGGCUGUGGACAUCAACAACAUGCUCCAGCUCUAUGCCAGUAUGCUGCACGAACGGCGCAUCAUCAUUACCUCAAGCAAGCUUAGCACUUUAACUGCAUGUGUCCACGGUGCGGCUGCUCUGCUCUUUCCGAUGUACUGGCAGCACAUCUUCAUCCCUGUACUGCCCCCGCAUCUUCUGGACUACUGCUGUGCACCCAUGCCAUACUUUGUAGGAGUCCAUCUGAGUCUGCUGGAGAGAGUACGCAGUCGAUCGCUGGAGGACGUGGUCAUUCUCAACGUGGACACCAACACCCUGGAGAGUCCCUUUGAUGACCUGCACAACUUGCCCAGCGACGUGGUGUCUUCUUUGAAGAGCAAGCUGAAGAAGCAGUCAACAGCAACAGGGAGUGGUGUGUCCAGGGCCUUUCUGAGAGCGCAGGCUGCUCUGUUUGGAUCCUACAGAGACGCCCUCAGAUAUAAACCUGGGGAGCCCAUCACUUUCUGCGAGGAGAGCUUUGUGAACCACCGCUCUAGCACCAUGAAGAACUUUCUGUCCAUGGCUGUCAACCUGCAGCUCUUCAAACAGUUCAUCGAUGGACGGCUGGCCAAAUUGAAUGCAGGCCGUGGCUUCUCCGACGUGUUUGAAGAGGAGAUCACAGAGGGAGGCUUCUGUGGAAGUAAUUCAAGGUCCUACCAGCAGUGGAUGCACACUGUAAAGAGAGGAGGAGCAUUCUUCAACACAGCUGUGACAAAGGCCAAGAGUCAUGCCAAGAGGGGCAUCCGGGACAUUAAGGGCAGACUUAAAGCGAGGGAGGAAGAAGAGGAUGGGGUGAUGGUCUGUGCCGGGUCUCCAACCAGCACCAAGAGCCUGUCUCCAAGGAGACUGCAGAAGAUGAGACGGCAGCAUAACUUCAAUAAGUCUCCCAUGAGCAUGGGCCCUCGAGACCUUGGCUAUGGGCUCGACGAUGACGAGCUGGACAGCGCGAGCAAGAUCUCCUCAGAGGACAGCGGGGACGUCCCAUCCUACACAGAGGACAGUGAUGACUCCUACUCACUGGAGCUCGACAUCGACUCGUCUCGCUCAGGCCAGAUGAACCUGCUGGAAGAGAUCCUGGACUCUCUGAACACCACAACCAUGGAGCAGGGGAAACUCAGCGCUGCAAAGAGCCUGGACUUCUUUAGGUCCUUUGAUGAGUUGGACUACAAGCCACCGAGUAAGUCCAGCCCUUCCGGUGAGCCUAACCCUGCUGAUGAGAGUGGUGGCAGUGGAGGUGUGGAUCAGGGUGGAUGGAACAUGGGCCAGGAUGACAGCGCAGUCCACGGGAAACACCUUCCACCAUCCCCUCGCAGACAGCCCAGCAAGAGCAGCCUGAAGAAACCAACGACUGCUCCUCCAGAGCCUCCUGUCACUGCCUCACCUCCUACCCGGAACUCUGACGUGUCCAAGUCACAUCCUCAUCCUCCUAAAUCUGACCUUCCUCUACCUCCAGGGCGACAACCAGGAGACCGCUUCUCCUACUCGCCCUUAAUGUCCCACAGAGUCACACCUACACCGCCCUCCCCUACCCUCUCCCACACCUACAGUACUCAAGUUUCUCACCCGAAAUAUUCUCCUGCACCCACGGCCCGCAAUCGGACCAUCUCAGAGCCCCAACCAAGCACAGAGCCUCCUCAGAAUCACAACCAGACUGCCUCUACCAGCAUCCUGAGGAGAAAGGUGCUGUCUAAGGAGACUGUGAGGCACUAUCAGGAAAAAGCCCUCCACAGGCAGGGCAGCAAGGGCCAGCAGGAGAUGGGGAUUCAGGGGAGCCCGACAAGGAACAGCCAGUCUAAUGUGCAGAUCCCGUGGGAGAAGGAGGUGUCCAAGGAGGGUCUCAUGGGGCUUGGCCUGUGCCUGGGUCAGGGUAAAGGCUCUGGGGAGGGUGGGGUGAAGGAUCAAGGUCUACUUGAGGAGAUUGAGUCCAUGUGUUGUCUCAGCCCGGUCCUGCACACCAGCCUGCAGCUCUCACAGGUUCACUGCAACAACAGUCACCACCAGGUCCCAGGAAAAGCCAGCGACGAGUCAUAGAGACAUCAGACGCUCAGUAAAACCCCAUAGGUUCUGCUCAAAUCUACUCACUUAUGUACACUUCUGUUACUAUUAUCUGCAGUCUCAGAGAUCAAAAUUAGCUAUCAGGAAAAAUGAUGAACAAGUUUGAUGUCAUAUUAAUAGUGUCACCGCCUUUUUAGCAGGAAACGGAAAGAGUGCACUUUAAUCAUGAAAAAUGGUCCUUUUCUCAAAACAAGCGGAAGAGAUCUGCCAGUGAAGUAGCCAUAGUUAAACUUAAUCCAAAAACACAAACUUUAAAGUCUGUGUAAAGCAAUUAAAAUAUUCAUUAUACUUCAGGCCAUAUUUCAGCAAUGAAAAAAAAUGACUAAAUAUAAAAUAAGGUUUCAAAAACAUGGGUAAUAUCCACUCUAGGAUGCCACGGGAAUAUCCAUUUAAUUAGGGAUGUACAAUAUUGGAUUUUUGUCAGUAUUUCCAAACUUGUUUUACUGUACAAACAUUUUUAUUUCUAGCAAACAACAACUGAUCCUUUACUCAAAUUGUAACAGUUUAUUUAUUUCAUAAACAAACAUAAAACAAGACAAACAUUUGAUUCUACCAUAAAGGUUUAAGGUAAGGAGUGCCUUAGUACAUCACAUGAUGUCAAUGUUGGCAGAAGUAUUCAUAUCUGCUAAUACUUUAAUUAACUUCUAAAGCUGUGAUCCAUGUUGCUGAUUUUAUGUAGAUAAUGUUGUGCAUUCCUACAUUGAAUACACUAAAACCAUGCCCACUAGUUGGAAAGACUUGCCACUCUGAACUGUCAAAACUAUGGUUCUAAGUCUUCAAAUGCUGGCAUUCAGGAAAGAUGCACUUGCAAAAUGAAAGAAUAGCCAGCAGGCCAAACUACAUGCUGUUAAGUUGAAAUGUGUAGAAGCUUGUGAUUGAGAUGGUCCAAGACAUUGGUUCCCAACCUGGGGGGCCGCAAGGCUUUGUCUGCUCUGAGGUUGUCAGAUAUAAGUAGGGGAGUGCUCCAGGAAAAACGGUGGGAACCACUGGUUUAAGAGAGUUAAAGAGCCCUGUGAUUUUAUGUCUUUGUUGUACUUUUUUUUUUUGGGGGGGGGGGGUUAAGCUAAGGAACCCUAGUGCAAAAUUUAUUUAACCCAACAUCGACAGACAUUGUUGUCUGUUUUUUACCUUAACAGCAUUUUUUUCCCAACAUAACCUCCUGACACCUGAGCUUUUGCAUGGAAUGCAUGUUUUUUUAUUUCUCCCACUUAUUAUGGACAAGUAAAAGUUCACAUUUUUUUUAAAUUGUCCUCUCCAAAAUUCAUAUUAAUUCCCUAAAUUUCAACAAAAUAACCUAAAAAUGUAUGUGAAAAUUCCUAAACAUUUUUUUUUAUUAUCCCGUAAUAGUUACCUAGUAAUUUCUUCUAAUAUCCCACAAAUGUUUCAGUGAAAUUUGAUCAUAAUCCAGUAAAAGUAACCCAAAAAAUUAAAUGUAAAUUCAUAAACAUCUGGAGGUUACCAACCAACCGUUCAAAUGCAAAUUCACAAGAAUUUACAAUUUGUAACCCAAAUUCCAUAAAAUUUCUUUGAAAAUUCUUAAAAUUUAAAAUGAUACCCCACCAAAAUUCCCCUUAAAAUUCCUCAAAGUUGACAUAUAAGUCUCUCAAAUGUUCGUGGAAAUACCCAAAAACAUCAAAGCAAAUUCACUCCAUACAUGCAAAUAAAAUUUAAAAUUCCAAACAUUUCCCAAAUUUCCAUGAAAUUUGCAUGAAUUUCCUGUUUAUGUAACUUGUAAUAGUGCUUUACACAGAUUUUAAUGUCUGUAACAAAGUCUUUUUUUUCAGUAAGGUCAUUCAUUUGAAAAAAUCUUUUAAAAAACUGAUAAAUACCUUUAUUUGUAAAGAAAAGAGAGAACUGACCCCGCUUUACUGGCAUUCUUUUCCACAUCAGGCACAAGAAAGUUGAAUGUUGUCCUGAGGAAUAACAUGUGACUUUAGAAAGUUUGAAUUCCUGGAUUAAACAAGUGAUUUAUCUUAAGAAGCAGCAUUUAAAUGAUACAAACUGAAGCCAUAAUACUGAGAUUCCUUUAUGUUUUUGGAGUAAAGGGAGAUUCCUCACUUGUUAUAGAAUAAUACACAUGUAAAAACUAUUUUUAAGCCAAACAAACAAAAUAUGACAUAUUUUCAGUGUUUACCCCAUACCAUAGUAUUUCUAUCAGAUAUCUAGUGUCAACACUUAUACUUCAUCAUGUAACUUAUUAACAGUUUAAGAUCUGAAAAAAUAACAUUUUGUGUAAUCAAAGUUAACACAUAAAAGAAGAAUUUCCCAUCCACACUCAUCACAUCAUCAGGAUUAAAAACAGUCAAUAUAUUCUAAAAAUUCAUAAUAUCUGAAAUUCAAAGUAGUCAAAACAUUUCACCUGAUCUAAAUAAAUGUGCACUGGUAGAAAAACGAAACAAACAUCAUCUUGAUUUCGUAGUACCAAAAUAAAUGAGCAAAAAACAGCAUAAUAAGAGACACACAAAGUCCACUCGGGCCUUUCUUACUAACACUGUGUAAUGUAAUGUUUUACUUUUAUCACAAUGCCUUAAAUGGACAUGUGAUUAGUUUUUGAUACUCUGGUGUCUUAAUCUAUAGAUACCAUUACAGGUACUCAGAAUCUCUUGAUACUCUUAAAUACAAACGUGAAAACUUCUUUGACAGCACUGUUUUUCUCUGGAUUCAUAGAAUAGUUCAUAUAUUUAAAUAAUGUGCUUUAAGCUGCUGUUAGGUCAUAAGAUGUGCAUGUAGAGACCUCUCUCUUUCCAGCCUACCUAUGUUCCUCACCACGCUUUUGUCACUCUGAGGAAAGCAAAAACAGUCAGAUUUAAGUGAUUGAUGAUUAGAUGCGACUGUCAGUGGUCCAUUUUUUUCCAUAAUAAUCACUCUUUCUGCCAUGCUGUCUCCCAUUUUAGCCUUUUAGUGCUCAAACCACAUCAUUUGAUGAUGUUUCUACCAAGCAGUUCAGUUAAGUUUGAUUUUGUACGGUACACAGCUAUUUUCUUUUCCACUAUCAAAAGCUAGAGAAGGCAUCAAAACAGCCAAUCAGUGCCAUCCUACUUUUUUGGCACCCUUCUGUUUGGGUACAAAGCGUGCCCAUCCAACCCUAGAGGGUUGAACUAGACACACUGCCGGCUUACAUCUAAGGGAGAGGUUGGCUGUGGAAAUGUAAGCAAGACCAGGGUGUACCGUACCAAAUUGCACUGAGCCAAAUGAGACCGCUUGUUGGAAAUGCACCAUAAUUUUCACUGUCCACCUUAAACAUUGAAGGCAUAAAUCUGGUGAUAUUCUGUGUUUUCUUCAUGACAACAAAUCCCACGAACCAAUGCAGUACACAGUGCUUUCAUUCAUCCAAAUGAAAACAUUACAUAAAAUGCUUACAGAUACACAAUUUAAGCUAUUAAAAGAAGGAGUUUAUAACAAAUACUGCUCAAGAAAUGGCAAAGAGGGCAUUUUAGGAGUGUUUUCAGUCCCAUGUUUACUACUGUAAAGGUAAAUCUUUCUAAUUUUUUUCAUUUUAAAAAUACACGGUUUCACUGGACUUAUGAGCCAUUUUCACACAUGCACUUCUGAAGAUUUAAAGAAAAUCUCAGGAGUUUAGCAUCCUGCUUAGCUCAAAGUAGGAAGUUUCUCUGUCAGGCAAGAGAGGGAUGGGAUAAGGGGAAAUACCAAGAGGCUAACAGGAUGAAUUCUGGGUAGAAAAUGUGGCUGCUCACCCACAAAAAUCCUCAUUUUUAGGAGUUUUGUGCAUGUGUGAAUAGGGCUAAAUUGUAAAUUAAAGUCGCCUUCUGUUGUCCUUCCUUGCAUGAAGAAAUGCUCUGCCCUCUGUGUCCUCGUAGAUUUGAGUCUCACACUGUACUGUAAUGCGGUGGCUGAUGAUUGUACUGUAAUGAAGCAAUACAGUUCUCCUCAGAGAGUAGCUACAUGGAUGUAAUGUGUACACGGUCCAAAGUAUUCCUCUAACAGACUCUCCCGUGGAGAGGAACACCGCGUCCAGUGAUUGUGGAUUCCCAGAGAAAAGAAGAAAGCUUUUGGUGAGCUUGUGUUGGGAAUAUUGCAUUUAUGCUCCGUUGUUCUUAUGAUUUAUGCCAGACGCCAGUCGGUGUGGCAGUUUAAUAGCAGCUAUUUCUCCGCUUUCUGAGUGCUGCUCUGCGUUAACGAUCUACUCAUAAAGUCUUUGGCGUGCUUCUAAAAACCCAGGAACCGGUCCUAGUAAUUCCAAAAUAGGAGGAAAAAAACCAGACUCCAAAAACAAUAUCUGCACUGGCCUUCUACAUUGUAAACACUUUAAAAAGCUUAUUUACUAUGCAAAUAUUAAAAAUGAUCCUAAAGGUCAGCUUCUUUAAGAGUUCUAACAUUAUUAUGCACAAUUUAAGUUGAUAAAAUAAUCACAAUCAAAAUACUUCCUUGUGGGAGUAAGCCUCAUGUGUCUCUAAAUAAUAAUAUUAAAGUAUAUGUGGGUGUAGGUGUGUCUAUAGGUGUUAAUGGUUGAAUGGUGUGCCUUAAACAGGAAGAGUACCAACCAGUAUAUUCAGAAAAAGGUACAGUAUUAAAGAGGGGAGGUUUAUGCAAUGUUUCAGACCACCUUUAAUCACACGUAGGAACAUUGUGGUAUUUAUUUUUAACAGAAUCUGACCUGAAGUCAACUUGGGUACUAGCUUUGCUUUUAUAGCUGCUUUGUUUUGACUUUGUGCUGCAGUCCAGCUGCAGUUACUCAAUGUUUCCCUUUUUCUGCAGUGAUCGGUGGGAAUCUUCCUGCCUGUAUUUAAGAGAAGAUCUCUGAAAUUCUCUGGGUUUUAUGACUUUCUGUAUAUUAGGUACUUUCUUUGAUUGUACUAAAUAGAUGUAUAGUUUGUGCUUUCUUUUGUGUUUUCAUUUUGUGUUCUCUUUUUUAAAAACACCUUUAACACUCAUUCUGAGCUGACUGUAUGGAAAAAAAAUCUCUCAGAGGAGUUUCUCUAGUGGUUUUCAUAUGGAUGAAAAAUUAUUUUCAACUGAAUAGACAAGUAUUUUUGCUGGCUUGAGUUUAUUUUACAUGGAUAAAUAUAUGAUUGGUGUUGUAUACUGUAGAAAAAAAGACACCUAAUAUUUGAAUGUUUUAGAUUUUAUUUUUGGAAGAAAGAAAAGAUAAUAACAACUGUCCCAUGUAGCCGUUGUUUAAAAGCAUUUGGCACCUUCUAAUCAAAAUAAGCAGACUGAUGCUUGCUUGUACGUGGUACAAUGCUAAUUGUUGUAUCUGCAUGUUUGUACCUGUAUGUGCUGAAUGCUAUGAUUUUGUUUUGCUUAGUUUUUAAGAUGGCAUCUUUUUGUUUGUAUUUGUUAUUUUUCAGUGUUUUAAAUGCCAUCAAAUCAAAAAUGAUGGGAAAAACAUUGGGUAUUGCACAGUACGCUCAUUUUGCCUUGCAUUGGGUAUUGUUGAGUUAAAUGUCAUCUGCCUUUUGUUUUAAGCAAAAGAAAACAUUUCGAAUUUGGUUGCUACUGUAGAUUUAACUGUAGAGGUUCAUGGAAGAAAUACUUGAGUGGUCAGCUGCUAUUCUACAUACUCCUUUGGCAGCCAUUUCACUCUGAUGCUCAAAUAUAGGAUAUCUGACUCUUUAUCAUUUCAUCGCUUCUCAAACAAUGAACAAUUUAAGAGAAUUUGUAAUGAAAGUCUGCUUGCUGUAUGUCGGGUUCAAACAAUGUAGAUUUUUGGCCAACAAGUUACCCUUGAAGUGCUACGGUUAGCAUUCUGCCACUUCCUGGCUAAUAUUAACUUUGCGAAGAAGUACAUUUAUAGCUAACUUGAAUGAAUUCCAAACAUUACAGCUGUUGGCAAGCAAAUUCCUAGCCAGUAUUUCAGCAGCAAAGAUGUACAUUUAUAGCUGAUAUUUCAUUAGCUACGGUAUUAAAUGAGCCACCAGCUAACAUACCUUUGGUUGGGUCAUUGAUUCUCAACUAUCAUGACAUCCAGAUGGUGAAUUCCCCGCUUAUAUUACAUAACUUAUUAAAUGCUAUUUCUCAAGCUAACAUAACAUUAGCUGGUAAGUGAAUUCUAGAUGCAUAGUAAAAUCCUUGCUAAUAUUAUGCUACAAAGUAAAUUCCCAACUAGAAAAGCCCUCGUAGAGUGCAGACCUCCGCCAUUCACCCUAUCUCUCAAUAGUAUAGAAUCCUUUAAAAAAUCUUCAGUAUGACCCAAACUUUGUGAUGGGAGUAAAUUCAGUCAUCUUAUUUGCAUAUUCUGACAUCACCAGGCAGCCUCCACCACCAUUAGGUGUGCCUUUUCUCCCAUGGCUUCUACUCUAGGCUUCCACCACUUGUCUACCUCCGCAGUGUUUGUCAUUCCCGAUCUCCGUCACUAUUUGCGGUGUUUUAAAACCCCUUGGUUCAUUCCAAAUUGGCAUUAAGAUCAUGUGGUAGUAAAUAUCUAGUCAAUAUUAUUAGUUGGGUAGUAAGCUAACAUUACAUUAACUUGGUAGUAAAUUUCUGACCAACUUUAAAUUAGCUGUUAGCAAAUUCUCAGCUUACAAUACAUUAGCUUGGAGUGUAUGCCUUACCAUUGAACUAUGUAACUUUUCUUCUGUACCUAAGCCUCUAAGCCCCUCUUGCUAACAGUAAUAUCCCCUAUGAGUUGCUGAAUGCUAGCCUUGGCUGUUGAAAAUAUGGCCUGAUUCCCUCUGUAUUGUUUGCUUACCAUUUGAGAAGUAAUGAAGCCAUAAAGAUGUCUCACUGUUUACUUUGCUUAAAUCCUGGAACAAGGAGUUUAAUGUCUGGCAGUGUUUUAUUGUCCCAUCCUGUGCGAUCAAAGAGGGAAAUGGCUGCCAUGUGAAUAUGGUAAAGGGGAUAUGAAAAGCUUUAGUAACUCUGGUCCACUGUACACUGAUAAUGUAUUGUAAUGAAGAAAGGAUUGUCAGGGGAAAAGCAUUUCAGUUUCUACAGGCUUUUGGUACUUACUAAUAACCGAGUGUAAAAUAAUGAUUAUUUAUAUAAGGUAUAAUAUUGUCCAGUUCUUACAGUUUUGGAGUGAGCGAGAAGUGACAGAUUAUGUAGCAGCUUUUUCUGAGGUACGAUGGAGUGAGAUCACACGGACGCUAGCAUCACUUCCUCUUAACCACACAUUUUAACAUUCGUAUCUUUUCAUUGUAGUGAAAACUUUGGGCAAAUUACUGUAGAAACUCAUUUCAGUCUCAUGUUUGGGUAUUGUAACGACGAUUAACUCUUCGAUAUGCCUAUUACUGAUUUUCUGAUUCUGUGCACACGUGCAUGUUCUCUUUGCAGAUAAAACGACUGUCUUACACAACUUAGGUCAAUCUAAUGUGCUAAUCAUGAGUAACUUGGUACAACUGCACACAAUGUAUGCACUGUGAACUGAAAAUAAAUUAUACUGUUUCAUGCUUA